AACAUCUUGAUUUUAGCUCAAAAGUGAACUUCCGUUGUCUGGUUCUCCAAGAGGUCGUCCGGUUUCUUCUGUUUGUGUUCUACGAAGAGUGUGCUGGAUACUUUGAUACAAAAAUUGCAAAAUGCCGAAAAAGCCAGCAGCCAAAGGGCCGUUCUUUUUCUUCAUGCUGGAAUUUCGCCGGCGCGAAGAGAGCCGAGGCAAGAGCUUCCCGGGCGGAAUGGAUCAAGUGAUGCGCGAAGCCGGACCGCACUGGAACCAGCUGAAUGAGGCCGAACGGGAGGUCUACAAGGAUCGCGCAAAGUCGUACAAGGAGCUUCCGAAGCAAAACUACGGCGAAAAGUACACGGCUCAGGGAAUAGCGUUCUCCCAGGUGGAGAUGGAAAAGCAACAGCUCUUGAAGAAGCAUGAGACGAUCCGUAAAACAAUCUCCGAAAUGAUUCAGACUGCGGUGCUGAAUAAUGCCCUGGAGAAGCUGGAGGUUUUCUUUAUGUCCUGCAAUUAUUUUUGCAAGACAUCUACGGAAGCUUUCGUACCGGCGGAGAUAGCUCUGAUCAAAUACAACUUGGAGCUGGGAGUACUGGAUAAACUCCAUGAACUGAUCAACCCAGUUAGAUUGCCUCUUGGCUUGGCGCACGAAGCACUGACCUACAGUGAACAGACUCACGAACUUCCGACACCGCCGAAUGCCAUGGGAGAAACUGACUUCUACACAGUGCUGCAGAAGAUUCUGAGCUUCACCGACUACAACAGUAAGCCACACAAAAAGCUUGCCAUUAUGACCGAUGCCAAGGAAGUUCCCGUAAUCGAAAGUCUGCUGAGUCAGCUGAAUGAUGAUGUGAAAUUAGAAUAUCAGUUUUUGGUAAUCCCUCUUGGGGAGUUCUUCUUUCACUUGAAACGUGCGACGGAGAAAUAUGGCUUGGAUAUUUGUACCUUUCCGACCAAAACUGUGGCGGAUAUCCUGCUGAAGAAAGACGCAUAUGAGUACACUAGUGGCAUUGCUUGCGAUUUCCACGAAAAACUUGGAAAUCAAAGGUUCUGCGCACUGUCCAAGGUUGUUCGCUGGUCCUACAUAAUCUCGGAUAAUUGUUGUCUUGAUUUGAGCAUUGAUUUGAUAGCUGGCCGUCAUUUGCCAUCGAACGCAGAUACCACGCUAUGCUCGGAUUUGUAUGAAACUACUUCGAAAACGAAUCAAAGCCAGUCCGACGGAAUGUCCUUCGUGUCGUCGUCGGAAUUGACUCAUUUCACUUUGCCUAAGAUCCAGAAGGUGCAAUCGAAGAGUGCGUUCCGAAGUGUGGAGGACAAGAAUGGUUCCGUAAUCUACAGCUCUCGCACGGUGCCUAAAAAGGAUGUAAAAACGGAAACAACUGAACCUCACGCUCCGAUCAAUCCGUUCUACAUGGUGGAUGGCAACGAUAGCGUUUAUGCUCCGAGUUAUCCAACGAAGAGCAAUGGAACUCGCCCGGGCACUAGCUACAACCCGUUUAGCAGACAGAAGAAACUAGAUGAGGUUCGGGAACCACACGGUUUGGAUGUCAAGGGUAAAGGCCGCGGAACACUGCUGGUCACGGCGAAUAAUUCAUUCAGUUCAAUGUUGAAAGGAGCGGGGCGUGGAUCUGGACUUUUCGCCGGCUUAUCUUCGGUUGGGUCGAAUUCCUCCGUCCGGUUGAGCGAUGAUGAGAAUUGAACGUUCGAUUAUUAUUUCCACUGGCUUCAUUGAAAUUCGGCAACAGUUUCGAUUGCCAAACCUUUUUUUUAUGUCGUGACAAAUUUUCAAUUAGCUUGCCUAAGAAUUCCAAUUUGUUUCUUUCAUGAUAGAGUGCUUUGCAUUUGCAUUUAUUUAGUUUAACUCGUGUAGGCUCUGACUAUGAAUGUUAGUCAACGUUGUUUGUUAAAUUUUGGGUAUUGAUUUUCAAUCAUAUUAAUAAAGCAAUGAAAUUGUUUUGGAAAGAAUACA